GUAUGUCAUAGUUCUAACCAAGCGGCUGGAUGGGAUGGGAAGGGACAAUGAAAACAAUAGAAUAAAACGUGGCAAACAGAAGUCUGCAAUAUAGCGUAAAUUGAAAUGAGGUAGUAUAAAUGGUGAUUUUGCCUGAGUUCAGCUUGAACAUUUUUAUAGAUCCAUCCUUCUGACAUAUAUCAAACCAUGGCCCAAGCAAUCCUCUCCAUGAAUGCCGGGUCCUCAUCCAUCAAACCCACCGGUGAAACUUGCAAGCGCACAAGUCGCCGGUCUUACUGCACCAACAGGCACUUUCAAGUACUCGCAAGGGCCUAACAAGGAGAAGAAAGAUGAGAUCCAAGAGCGAAUCUCAAGCCCGCAAGAAGCAUUUAAGUACCUUUUGCACCGAUUCUUGAACGAUCCAGAUCUGCAGGAGGUCGCUAGUAAGGAUGAUUUUGCAUAUCUAUGCCAUCGAGUCGUGCAUGGAGGUGAUUUUGAAAAGGAAGCAGUGAUAACGGAGGGCGCCUAUAAUUAUUUGCUGGCCUUAAAGGAGCUUGCGCCGUUGUAUUCAAUGCCGGACUACGUCAAGACUUAUCCUAUCAGUCCCGAAAAGGCCAAAGAGAACUGGCUACGCAAGUACGGAUUCCAUGGGAUUAGCUACUCAUUCAUCACGAAGGAUAUGCAUAUUAGCACGGCCAAACGCAUCCUUAACAAACAAUCAGGAUGGAAGUCUCUCGCAGGGACCACCGACUUCUCUCAGAUAGCCACUGAAACUCCCGCGACAGACCAGCACCGACUUGCCUUCGACAUCUUCGUCGACCGCAUCGUCGGCUUCAUCGGCAACUACGUUGUGAAGCUCGAUGGUCAUGUCGACGCCCUUGUCUUUGCAGGCGGGAUUGGUGAGAAGAGCACGCUUUUGAGGAAAAAAGUAGUAGAGAAGUGUAGAUGUUUGGGCUUUGUGAUUGACCACGAAGCAAACGGAAAGGGAUUGGCGGAUGGAUAUUGCAGUGACGGAUAUUUCAGAAAGGAUGGAGGGUCGACCGGAGACUGCAGGAAAGCCUCAGGUACUCAUUUGUCAAACGGAUGA